AUGCCUCACUCAAUAUCACCAGAGUCCACACCUGGAGAGGAUUCCUCUCAAACAGUUUCUCAACCCAACACCCUGAAAGCAGAAUCUCCAGACGUUAACAUGUCGGAUGCACCAAGCCCUGCAGUGGUACCAGAGAUCAAGGAAGACACAGCGAAAGUCAACCUCGAGGAGCUCUUCGACGAUGAUGAUGACGAUGAAGAAUUCCCUUCCAGCGCACCGGCGAUUAAGUCAGAGGUGGAAUCCUCACAACCUAUGCCCAUUCAAAUAUCCUCCAGAUCCACAUACUCAGAUCCUGAAAUAAUGCGUGCCUUUUACCAACGUCUAUUCCCCUUCCGCCCGCUGUUCCAGUGGCUCAACCACUCCCCUCAACCAUCCAACGACUUCGCGCAUCGAGAAUUUGCCUUCACACUCCCAAAUGACGCCUACCUACGAUACCAGUCCUUCCCCACAGCCGACCUCCUCCGCAAGCAAUGCAUCCAGCUACUUCCAUCCCGUUUCGAAAUCGGCCCCGUGUAUUCCACGAACCCCCGCGACCGCAAGACUCUUCGAAAGGCCAGCGCUUUCCGACCGAUAGCCAAGGAACUGGUAUUCGAUAUCGAUAUGACAGAUUACGACGACAUUCGAACGUGCUGCACGGGAGCGAGCAUCUGUCACAAGUGUUGGGCCUUCAUCACCAUGGCGAUCAAGGUGGUAGACGUUGCGCUGAGAGACGACUUCGGCUUCAAGCACAUCAUGUGGGUUUAUUCCGGACGAAGAGGAGCCCACGCCUGGGUCUGCGACAAGCGUGCGAGAGAAAUGGACGACUCCAAGCGACGAGCGAUAGCCGGCUACCUCGAACUUCUCAAGGGCGGCGACAAAGGAGGAAAGAAAGUCAACGUCCGAAGGCCGUUGCACCCACACCUGGACCGCAGUCUCAACAUCCUCAAAGACCACUUCCAAACGAGCAUCCUGUACGAGCAAGACCCAUGGUCCUCCGAGAAAUCCGCCCACCUCCUCCAACUCCUCCCCGACGCAUCCCUGAAAGCCGCCCUGCAGAAGAAAUGGGACUCCGCACCCUCACGACCCAGCCACAUGAAGUGGGCCGACAUCGACACCGCCGCGAAAUCUGGCGCGCUCUCCAAGUCCUCCAAGGACCUCCUCGAAGCAAAGCAGGACAUCGUCCUGGAAUACACGUAUCCCCGCCUCGACGCCGAAGUCUCCAAGAAACUCAACCAUUUGCUCAAGAGCCCGUUCGUUGUGCAUCCGGGCACCGGCAGAGUCUGCGUACCCAUCGACACCCGCAAGGUCGAGGAAUUCGACCCUCUCGAAGUCCCCACCGUCACACAGCUGCUCACCGAGAUCGAUGAGUGGCAGGGCGAAGACACCGACAAAAAGCUCGCGGACUGGGAGAAGACGAGCUUGAAGCCUUAUGUCGACUUCUUCAGGGGCUUCGUCGCGGGUCUGUUGAAGGACGAGAAGAGUGGCGUGAAGAGGGAGAGAGACGACGGCGCGGAAGCUAUGGAGUUUUAG